AUGGGAGAAGAUCCACAGAAGCUGAAGCGAAUUGCGGCGGAUUCAUACGACUACGAGAACGACUCUCGAUGGCCCGAUUACUGGAGCAACGUUCUCAUCCCUCCCCAUAUGACCUCUCGCAGCGACGUCCUUUCCCACUUCAAGCGCAAGUUCUACCAGCGCUACGUUGAUCCUGAUCUUGUGGUGGAACCAAUGUCUGUUGGUGGCAGUUCAUCUCAGCCUGCACGUUCAUCAACAACCUCGUCAUCAUCAUCCCCCACAAAUAAUCAACCUCGUGCAAGAAGUUCUGCAUCAACUAAUAGAACUUCAGGGACGACAUCCACAACUCCAGGUCCUAAUCCAGCACCUUUGCGCUGGGAUCGGCAGACAGUUAUGUUUUCUGUCAAUGCUUGGGUGUUUGUUGUGGCUUUCCUUGCAGCCAUUCCGCUGGUACCAAAGCAUCUUUCUCAUAGGGCUUAUCGACUUUCGUUUUUGGGCACUACAUGCUCCUCUGUGUACUCAUUGUACUCACAAUAUGGAAAGCCAAGAGCAUGGAAUAUGCAGGCCCUGCAAGUUUACUUUCAGUCGAUAAUUGCUUCAAAGGAUUUUAUAUACUUCAUCUACUGCCUUACGUUUGUCACAUCUCAUCUUUGCCUAAAACUUGCUUUGAUACCUAUCUUAUGUUGGUCGUUUGAACAUGUUGCAAAGUUCCUUAGACGGAAUUUCAGUCGCUCCAUGUUGUACAGGAAGUACUUAGAAGAGCCUUGUGUUUGGGUGGAGUCAAACAAUUCUACCCUCAAUAUACUGACAUCACAUGCUGAGAUUGGACUUGGAUUCCUGCUGAUCAUCUCAUUGUUCUCGUGGCAGCGGAAUAUAAUACAAGCCUUCAUGUACUGGCAGCUUUUGAAGCUCAUGUAUCAUGUUCCUGUUACCGCCCCUUACCAUCAGAAUGUUUGGGCGCAAAUUGGGAGGAGUGUUAAUCCUGUUAUCCAACGCCACCUGCCAUUCUUGAAGACUCCUCUAACUGCAAUUCAAAGAUGGUGGCUAAGGUAG